CAAAGAUGUCUGAACCGGUGAAGCUCAUCGGCUCCCUAGGCAGCCCGUACGUCCACCGGGCCGAGGUGGCCCUGCGGCUUAAGGGAGUCCCCUACCAGCUCAUCCUCGAGGACCUCGACGACAAGAGCGAGCUUCUGUUCACGCACAACCCCGCCAAUGAGAAGGUCCCGGUGCUGCUCCACGGGGACCGCUCCGCCGUCUGCGAGUCGCUCGUCAUCGUCGAGUAUGUCGACGAGACCUUUGAUGGCCCGCCGCUCCUGCCGGCCGACUCGCACGGCCGAGCAAUGGCCCGUUUCUGGGCUCGCUUUGUCGAUGAAAAGUGUUCGAUGUCUAUGUGGGGGGCGCUGAUCUGGAUGAUCGUCGGCCAGACGCAUAGCGAGCCAGCGGAAACGGUGAAGGAUAACCUAACACUCCAAGAAAGACAGUUGCCGGAGGGGAAGAGGUUCUUUGGAGGCGACACCAUCGGCUACCUAGACAUAGCCGUCGGUGGGAUCACUCUAUGGUUGGGAGUGUUCGAGCAGGUUGCCGGUAUGCCCCUGCUCACCGAGGAGAAGCACUACACGGCAGACGAGACCGUGAGGCGGUGCCUGCCGGAGAGGGGCCACCUCGUUGCCGCCCUCACGGUGAGGAAGGAGCUAUACGUAGGCCUAGCCAAACCUGCGGUGCCACAUGCGCAGACUAGCUAG